AUGUUUACUUUCAAAUUAGUUCUACUAUUAGUAAUUGUCCCAUUAAUCAGUGCUCAUCACAAGGAAAGAAUCAUCGACGGUCAGAACAGCGACCCUAGCAGUUACACAUAUCACGUGGCAAUUCUGAAGGUCAAUGGCACAAAUGGCGAAAUUCAGCAUAUAUGCGGUGGUGCAAUAAUCGAUCGUCGCUUCGUUCUCACGGCAGCUCACUGCGUCUAUGACAUCGAGAGAGAAGACGUGAUAAUUAGGGCUGGUGGUAAUCAAGCUCCGCCAGCAGACAAACCACAUCUCGAGAAACGAUAUUUCAAACGUGUUACUAAGAUUAUGUAUCCUAAGGAUUACGUCAAGGACCCUCGUUAUCACGAGUACGACAUUGCUUUGCUGAAGAUCGAAGGAACUUUCGAUCUCGGUGAUAGAGAGCACUUCCGGAAACUUCAAUUGCCGAACGAGGACAACGAUUACGAAGAGAAAUGGGCUACCGUGUCUGGUUACGGUGUACAUGAACCCGAUCAAGGUACACUCAAAGCCGAAGGCAAUGGUUUCAAGUCUCUAAAAACGAAGGUCAUCUCAAUUGACGAAUGUCAGACUACUAGAACCUACAUCCUCACCGCGGGUAGUUUGUGUACACUGUCCAUACAAAUGAAAGGCCAUACUUGCUACGGUGACGGUGGUAAUCCACUAGUGUACGACAACCAAAUCAUCGGUAUUUUAAAUAAUCCCAGUACCUGCGAUGACACUCGUCCGGAACUUUACACCAAAGUUUCCGAAUAUCUCAGUUUCAUCAAGAAGGUGUUCAGUGGAAAAUACUCAUCUGAUAUCUUGUACAAAUAG